UACUGAAAUAAACGGGAAGUAUUUCAGAGAGGCACUUAGUUAGCCACCUUUAAGCUACACACACACACGCACACACACACACACACACACACACACACACACGUGCACGCACACACAUCGCUUUCAGUGACAGCAGUGAACUGUGAGAGAGGUGGAGGUGAGGUUGUAACUGUAUAGAUUCCUGAUGGCGUCUGGACCUAGCAGCAGAAUGGAGGAACAGCCACCAGCGCUGCCUGUCAAAAAGCACAGCCGUUCCUCCAGAUGCUCCAGUGUUGGGUCUGACUGUGUGAUGCUCAGCUCUGUUGGACUCCAGCAUCAGAACUACACAUACAACGACGUCUUUGCUGAACCCACCGACUGUCAUGCAGCAGAGUGUCCCAUACACUACGAUCCCUCCCAACACCCGGCGAGAUUUUUCUCCGCUGGCACCCCGCCGCCUGUCCCAAAGAAAAAGUUAGCUCGCACCCUCUCCCUCCCUGGCACCAAUCUGCAUCCACUCUCCCCUCUGUCUCCCCUGUCUCCACUGCAAACACACCCUCAAAACUUCGACAACCCCCUGUACAUGCUGGCACCCAUACCUAACACCUUUUUCAGAGAGGACACAGGAGAGUUUAUUGGGAGUCACAACCCUUUACUGCACCUCUCCCAGCUGUCCUUUGACACCCCGGACGAACAUCUGCCCUUCCUAUUUAGCAGAUUUGACGACCAGAGGGUUGUUUCUCAGGGGAUUCAGCAUCGACAUCUUCUGUUUUUGAGAAUCGUUGCACAGAGCGUGGAGGCUGGGAUCCUGCUGCAGGGAGAGGCCACAGAGAGAUACGCCAGCUCAUACCAGCCUCAGGAUUUCCUGCUGUGUGAGGGAAGCGAGCCAAUGCAGAUAGGAGACACACUUUUCUACGGCCUGCACAGCCCCAAGCAACCCGGAGGAUGCUUGGUUUAAGGGUACACCAACAGACUGAUGAAGCCUCCUCAGCUCACACCAUACACCAGCAUGUCAACGUGCAAGAUGUUAUUGCUCAUUUCCAAGCAGGCAACACCCUGAGGGAAGAUUCCAGUAAAUUACAAACUCAAGAUCUCUCUCAUCCUCUGAAGUCAGACUGCAGUGCUGCUACACCAGCAGGUGGAGGCAGCACUCAGCUUGAAACAGCUCAUGUGAACAUUAAUCUGCCCUCUGUUCAGUCACUCCUGCAGAAAGGACUUUCAGUGAGUGUUGAGAGAGACCUUCCUCACGCCACUCUAGAGGACUUUGUCCAGGUUAACAGCUCACUUCAGUGCACUGACUGUGAGGACUAUGAUAGACAGGUAUGUGCUCUGUUGCUGCAGAUAUUACUGGGCUCAAAAAAUCUGUAUGACAUCGUGCCACGGCGGCUGACCUCAGACCUCGGCACAUCUUUUUAGUGUGGCCAUAUAAGGAUAAUGAGGAGGGAGAAGACAAGGAUGCUUCUGAAAUGAAGAGAGGUUUCACUACCAACAGAAAGAUCAAAGAAGGAAAGACAGAAAAAGGGAUCCAGAUGUUAUGCAGGACACACGGUUUCCCUCGUGUCGUGUUAACCCCGGUGUCAUUUGCUCCAGUACCUCACCCCCUCGCCUACAUAGAAUCCCAGAUUGCAGCUCUAAUUAAAUACUGCCUCCACUCACAAGAGAGCCUGGCCUCAUCUCAGUCCAAGUCCUUGUACCGAAGAGGGCUCCUCUUUCUGAACUGUAUGCUCCACACUGACAGCAGCGGGCCGCAGAUGGCUGACAUGGUGGCCCUGCUUCAGGUUCUCCUCUGGGGGCCACGUGCCUGGCUCUUCAAUCAGAAAGGCUCUAUGACCCCCGCUGUGGGCAACUGGCUGACAGUCAAGCGAGCGCUGCUGGUGAUGAAGCUGGCAGAGAGAGGGCUGAUCCAGGAUCAGUCUGCGCUGAGUUGGGAGGACUGUUUGUGCCUGCAGUAUCUGUCUUUCAUAGACGCCGAGACAGUCGUGAAUGUGACCAGUCAGCUGUCACUCACUCUGAAUCUGGACGGAUCCUUGUGAAGUUAAAUAAUUAUUUUGCCCACUCUUGAUCGUGACUGUUCAAGAUAAUUUGAAUUGUCACACUGAGAAAGAUAUUCCAAUCCUUCCUUUAAAAAUACAAAACAUGGAUGUUCUUCAUUACUGCUCAUCAUGUAACAUUGAUUUGAUAAAAUGCUGCACGUAUUUCUGGUGUAAUAUUUAUCAUUACGUGCCCUAAAUUUGUAUUUUCCAAAGCAGCUUAUACUAGAAGGAGGGUUUAGGUCAGAUCGUAACGAUUAUCAUGGCCAAAAUAACUAAGAUUAAGUAAUCACAAUCACAAUGUUUUAAUAUAAAAUCAGCCAAACUCUUUUGUUUUUUGAGUAUAUUUUUCAGGAUAAAUAUUGUACUAAAAAAAUGAUUGAUUUAAAGCAAACUGGAUAAUGAACAGUAUUAUCACAUGUAAUACUAACAUGCUUUUCUGUUGCAUAUCAGUGGUAGUUACUACCCGUACAUAGUACCUCUAGAUGAAAUUGUACAACUUGACAUUUUUUUGUUUAUGAAAUGUCCUUUUUUCCCCAUGCUUUACAGAUUUUUCAGACAAAACCCACUGAAAUUGUGAGCAUGACUGUCCAUAAUGUCUCCAUUGUAUGCUUAUUCAUAAUAAAAUCAAGAUUAGAGAUGCACUUAA